CCCUCGGCAUGCUCUUCCUCUGGUUCCCGCCAGCCCCAAAGCCAUCGUCGUUGGAACCACCGGUACGAAUGGUCCGAUUCCACGAGCAGAUAAUCGGGGACCUCCUAGAAGACCCAAAUGGCGGACUCGUGGUCCUCUCCUCGGGGCUCUACCUCUCUAAGCUCAUAUCCUCCAUGGUCCUUCUCCACUCUUCUUCCCGCGGUACUCUUCUCCUCCUCUCCCCCUCCAAUCCCCGCCUCAAAUCUCUCAUCCUCCACCACCUCACUGGCCACAAGAUUACUGUAUCGGAGAUCUCCGCUGACUUCCCUGCUACCCACCGCCUCUCUCUCUAUGCCUCCAACUCCGUCUUCUUCGUCACCCCCCGCAUCCUCGUCGUUGACCUCCUCUCCCGCCGCCUCUCCCCUACCCUCAUUGCCGGACUCCUCAUCCUCACAGUCCACUCCCUCUCCGAGACCUCCACUGAGGCCUUCAUUGUCCGCCUUCUCCGCUCCCUCAACCCCGACCUCUCCGUCUUUGCCUUCUCCGACCGUCCCCAAGCCAUGGUCUCCGGCUUCGCUAAGGCCGAGCGCACCAUGAAGUGCCUCUACGUGAGGAAGCUCCACCUCUGGCCCAGGUUCCACGUCCACGUCUCCGACGAGCUCGAGCGGGACCCGCCGGCUGUGAUCGACGUUAGGGUUCCGAUGAGCAGGUGCAUGGUUGGGAUUCAGAGAGCAGUCUUGGAGGUCAUGGACGCGUGCCUGAAGGAGAUGAGAAAGACCAACAAGGUCGACGUUGAGGAUCUCACGGUAGAGAACGGCCUGUUCAAGUCCUUUGAUGAGAUCGUGAGGCGCCAGUUGGACCCCAUUUGGCAUACCUUGGGGAAAAAGACGAAGCAGCUUGUUUCGGACCUGAAGACUUUGAGGAAGCUCUUGGAUUAUCUCGUCAGGUAUGAUGCAGUGACUUAUUUGAAGUAUUUGGAUACGCUGAGGGUGUCUGAGAGUUUUCGGUCAGUUUGGAUAUUUGCAGAGUCAAGCUAUAAGAUAUUUGAGUAUGCGAAGAAACGGGUUUAUCGUUUUGUGAGGUCGGAUGGUGUGAAACUAGUGAGUGGGCAGGGUAAGAGUGUGGCAGGCAAAAAGAGGAAAUCGAAGGGGGAUGACAAGAUUGAGGAAGAAGUUGGUGGUGCAUCAUCAUCAAGUACAAGUAGUGCAUUAGUUUUGGAGGAAGUAUUGGAGACGGCGCCAAAGUGGAAGGUGUUACGUGAGAUUCUUGAAGAGAUAGAGGAAGAAAGACAAAAGCAGGCUUUGUCAAGAGAAGAGUUUAUGGUUGAAGAUGAAGAGAAUGAUAGUGGUAUUGUUCUAGUGGCAUGCAAAGAUGAAUGCUCAUGCAUGCAGCUUGAAGAAUGCAUCUUGAAUAAUCCACAAAAGGUCAUGCAUGAAGAAUGGGAGAAAUACUUGCUGAGCAAAGUAGAGCUGCGUGACCUACACGCACGUUACAAAAAAAAACCAAAGGAUCCCAAAGGUUUUGGGAUUCUUGAUGGAGUGGUCCCUAUAACACCUGCACAGAAUGCAGAAGCUAGCAGUAUAAACAAGCAGGAACAUGAUGCACUUUUGGCUGCUGCAUCAGAAAUAAGAAAGCAAGCUAAAAUGGACCAUGUUGUUGGAGAGGAUCCCCAACUUCAUAAUGGCAGUAGACAACAUGAAAAAGUGAAAGGAAAAGUAAGGAAUAAGAAAGGCACAGCUAAUGUUCCAAGUCCUGGGGGUAAAGAUAAUAAUCGCAAUAAGAAGGUGGCUAGAAAUGAUAUUGUUGAAACAUCAGAUUCAGGAAAUCACGGCACAAAAGAUGAAAUCAAUUUGUUGGUUGCAGGUGGUUUUUGUGAGGCCACAAGUCAAGGUGCCUCUGUAGACAAACCAAUACUUCAAAAGCAUAAUCAAGAGUCUAAUUAUACAGGUUCUGGAAGUGCUAAGAACUUGCCACCAGUGCAUUUUUAUGCCCUAGAAAGCGAUCAGCCUAUACUUGACAUUUUGAAGCCCUCUGUAGUUAUUGUUUACCAUCCAGACAUGACUUUUGUCAGAGAAAUUGAAGUUUACAAAGCUGAGACCCCAUCAAAAAAGUUGAAAGUUUACUUUCUCUUCUAUGAAGAUUCCACCGAAGUGCGAAAGUUUGAGGCUAGUAUACGCAGGGAGAAUGGAGCUUUUGAAUCUCUGAUCAGGCAGAAAUCAAUGAUGAUGAUUCCAGUUGAUCAGGAUGGGCGCUGCCUAGGAUUAAAUUCUUCUGUAGAACCACCAGCCUCAAGCUCACAAAACUCAAUAACAAGAAAGGCAGGUGGAAGAAAGGAGAUUGAAAAAGAGAUGCAGGUAAUAGUGGACAUGAGAGAGUUUAUGAGUAGCCUUCCAAAUGUUCUCCAUCAGAGGGGCAUGCACAUAAUACCAGUAACCUUGGAAGUUGGAGAUUAUAUUCUCUCACCCUUAAUAUGUGUGGAGAGGAAGAGUAUCCAAGACCUUUUUAUGAGUUUCACAUCAGGCCGCCUUUACCACCAAGUAGAGACAAUGGCCCGUUAUUAUAGAAUACCUGUCCUCUUGAUUGAGUUUUCACAAGAUAAAAGUUUUUCGUUCCAGUCUGCAAGUGAUAUCAGUGAUGAUGUUACCCCAAAUAGUAUUAUAUCUAAGCUGUCAUUGCUUGUACUCCAUUUUCCACGCUUGCGCAUUAUCUGGUCUCGCAGUAUGCAUGCCACUGCUGAGAUAUUUGCUUCACUCAAGGCUAAUCAAGAUGAACCUGAUGAGACGAAAGCAAUUCGAGUUGGUGUUCCUUCUGAGGAUGGUAUUGUGGAAGAUGAUGUGAGAGCUGAAAACUAUAACACGUCUGCUAUUGAGUUUCUAAGACGACUACCUGGUGUGAGUGAUUCAAAUUACAGGGCUAUAAUGGAUGGAUGUAAUAGCUUGGCUGAUCUUGCUCUUCUUCCGGUAGAUAGGUUAGCUGAACUAAUGGGUAGUCAAAAAGCUGCUAGGACUCUCAGGGAUUUCCUUGAUGCAAAGUAUCCAACCCUGUUGUGAGGCUAAUUAGUAUCAAGUCAUAAAGAAGUGAGAACUAAUUAAUUCAUUCGUUUGGAUAUCUUGUUUAUUUUUACUAGUGCAUUAUCAUUGCAAUUUUGUAUUUAGGGUUUUAUCAUGAGAUAAUUGUUGGUGAUGCAGAAAUGGGUGAUUUUAGCCUCUUCUGCCUUGUAUUGCUAGCUAAUUUACUAUAAUUCUUAAAUGAAAUAGAUCAUGUUGCUGUACUACUAUGUAACAUUCCAUAUGUUUUUAAAUCGUCAUAUUAUUCGUUCUGUUGUA